AUCUCAGCCUCCCUGCCGACCGUCCACUUCCUACAAGAGAACUGUAUUCUUGACAUUUUUUUGGUUUCUCUGGUAACUUCAAAGACUGGGCAGGGCAGGUCUGGGCACCAGGAAGAGCUGGUGCCCCUACCCUACGCUUGAGAAGAAAAGAAGAAGAGAGAUCAAAGCAGAGGGAGAGAAGUUGCUGGUUGGACCACAAUGAAAUCCCUCCUUGUACUACUGCUGGUUCUUCUGGACCUGGGACAGGCCUAUGGAGCUAUGCACAGGGUGCCCCUCAGAAGGUACCAGUCCAUCCGGAAGAAACUCCGGGCCCGAGGCCAGCUCUCAAACUUCUGGAAGUCCCAGAACUUGGACAUGAUCCAGUUCAGCGAGUCCUGUAAAAUGGACCAGAGUACCAAUGAGCCACUCAUCAACUAUCUGGAUAUGGAAUACUUCGGCACCAUCUCCAUCGGCUCCCCACCGCAGAACUUCACCGUCAUCUUUGACACUGGCUCUUCCAACCUCUGGGUCCCUUCUGUUUACUGUACCAGCCCAGCCUGCAAGGCACACCCGGUCUUCCACCCAUCCCAGUCCAGCACAUAUGAGGAGGUAGGGAACCAUUUCUCCAUCCAGUACGGAACCGGGAGCCUGACAGGGAUCAUCGGAGCUGACCAAGUCUCUGUGGAAGGGCUGACUGUGGAUGGCCAGCAGUUUGGAGAGAGUGUCAAGGAGCCGGGCCAGACUUUCGUGAAUGCGGAGUUUGAUGGGAUUCUGGGCCUGGGAUACCCCUCGCUGGCUGUUGGAGGGGUGACCCCGGUGUUUGACAACAUGAUGGCCCAGAACCUCGUGGAUCUGCCUAUAUUUUCUGUCUACAUGAGCAGUGAUCCACAAGGUGGCUCGGGCAGCGAGCUGACCUUUGGAGGCUAUGAUCCCUCUCAUUUCUCUGGGAGCCUCAAUUGGAUUCCAGUCACCAAGCAAGGCUAUUGGCAGAUUGCGCUGGAUGGAAUCCAGGUGGGAGACACACUGAUGUUCUGCUCUGAGGGCUGCCAGGCCGUUGUGGACACUGGGACCUCCCUCAUCACUGGCCCCUCCCACAAGAUCAAACAGCUUCAAGAGGCCAUUGGGGCCACACCUAUGGAUGGGGAAUAUGCUGUGAAUUGUGCCAACCUCAACACGAUGCCAAAUGUUGCCUUCCUCAUCAACGGGGUUUCAUAUACCCUCAGCCCAACUGCCUACAUCCUGCCGGACUUAGUGGAUGGGAUGCAGUUUUGCGGCAGCGGCUUUCAAGGACUUGACAUUCAGCCACCGUCUGGGCCCCUCUGGAUCCUGGGGGAUGUCUUCAUUCGACAGUUUUACUCAGUUUUUGAUCGUGGGAAUAACCAAGUGGGACUGGCCCCCGCAGUACCCUGAGUAGGGAUGUGUGUCUGUGUAUGGAUACCUGAUACGCCUUUUAGCCUGUCAGAUCUCUACCAAUCCAAAAGUCAUUUCCCAUAGGAUGCAACCAUCCCAGAGUAUUCAGACUAAAGGUAGCAUAGGGGCACACACACAGCCCCCCCACACUGCACACCCCACCCCCACCAUGAUGGAAGAAUGAAGUUCAGUCUAUAGCUUUUAUUGCUUUGUAUCGACUUUCUAUUAUGGAACUCCCUGAACACAUAUGCAAGCAGAUGUGAUGGCGAGGUAAAUCCCCAUGCCCCCCUACCCCACUUCACAGCCCAUCCACAUGUAGCCAGGUCCCUCUAUCCUCCCUCUGGCUCCAAAUUCAGAAUCACAUUCUAAGCACCAUAUCAUUGUAUCUAAUGUCUACUAUCCUUAAAAGUCAUAAUUUAAGUAUCUCUCACUUGCUCAUAAAUGUGCACCUGUUUUUACAGCUGGUUUAUUUGUAUCAGGAUUCAAAGCAGAUCCAUAAUUGGGGAGGUAAACCAUAAAU